AUGGCCUCGCAACCGUCCCUCGUGCCCGCCGCCCGGAUGGCCCUCCUCAACCAGCUCUCCCUGCACGCCUCCCAGCGCGCGUCGCAGGUCCGCCCGCCCGCGCAGCCCGCGCAGCCCGCGACGCCCGCGCCGCCUUCGCCCGCCGCCCCGCCGGCCCCCCCCGACGACGAGCUCCUCCGCACGAGCGGCCUCAACGACGGCCUGGGCUACGCGCCCGACCCGUCGGCCCGCGAGGCCGCGCUGCGCGACGCCAAGCUCCGCGGCAAACUGCUCGGCAAGCGCAAGAGCAAGGCGGCGCAGGGCAAGGCGCAGGGCGCCGCCGCCCUGGCCGAGAGCGAGAGCGACGACGACGAGGGGCGCUCGUCGCUCGGCAGGCGUAAAAAGGCCAAGAAGGACGGCGGUGAGCAAAAGUGA